AUGGCAGAAGCAGAUCUUAACAUGGUCUCAGAACCUGCUGCCCAGGGGGUCGCUGAAGAGGUGAAGGCUUGCUUGGCUAGUGAUUCUGGGGAAGAAUCUGACAGCAGUAGCUCUAGUGGCAGCACUGGUAGCAGCAGCAGCGGCAGCAGCAGCAGCGGCGGCAGCAGCAGCAGCGGCAGCAGCAGCAGCGGCAGCAGCAGCAGCAGCAGCGGCAGCAGCACCAGCGGCAGCAGUAGUCUCAGCCUUUUACAAGGAAAGAGGAGGGUGCCAGAGCCUUCUAGAAGGGCGCGGUGGGCUCCAUCGGGUAACAGUUUUGUGGAUCAGCUGCCACAGGCGGUUCGAAAUCGUGUGCAGGCGCUCAGAAACAUUCAAGAUGAAUGUGACAAGGUAGACGCCCUAUUCUUAAAGGCAAUUCAUGGUCUUGAAAGAAAAUAUGCCGAUCUCAAUAAGCCUCUAUACGAUCGGCGAUCUCAAAUCAUAAAUGCAGAAUAUGAGCCCACAAUAGAAGAAUGCGAAUGGAAUUCAGAUGAUGAGGUGUUCAGCAGUGAUGAAGAGGUGCAGGAUGACAGCCCUAGUGAAAUGCCUGCCUUAGAGGGUGAGGAAGAAGAGGGUCCUAAAGAAAAACUCAAAGUAAAGGCUGAAGAUACGGAGGUUCCUAAAGAAGUUCCUGAGGCAAAGUCUGAAGAAAAAGCCCAGUCCAAAGAUCUGGAGGCAAAGACUGAAGUCAAUGAAGAUCCUAAAGAAGUCCCCCAGGCAAAGGCAGAAGAGAAAGAACAGUCUAAAGCAGCUGAGGGUAAGGAAAGGGCCGCAAUAAAAGAAGCUCCUAAAAGAGUUCAUGAGGUCAGGCCUAAAGAAAGAGUGAAUCUGAAAAGAGCUCGCAAGGGAAAGCCUAAGAAAGAAGAUCCUAAAGGCAUCCCCAACUAUUGGCUGACUGUUUUAAAGAAUGUUGACAAGCUCCGGCCCUUGAUUCAGAAGUAUGAUGAGCCCAUACUGAAGUUCUUGUCAGAUAUUAGCUUGAAGUUCUCAAAACGUGGCCAGCCUAUAAGUUACACAUUUAAUUUUUAUUUUCUGCCCAAUCCAUACUUCAGAAAUGAGGUGCUGACCAAGACCUAUAUAAUAAAAUCAAAGCCAGAUUACAAUGAUCCCUUCUUCACUUGGGGAUGGGAAAUCUAUGACUGCAAAGGUUGUAAGAUAGAUUGGAGAAGAGGAAAAGAUGUUACCUUGACAACCACCUACAGUCGCACAACUGCCACUGGAGAAAUUGAGUACAAGCCAAGAGUUGUUCCCAAUUCAUCAUUCUUCAAUUUCUUCAGCCCUCCUGAGAUUCCGAAGGUUGGAAAGCGGGAGCCUAGACAAGAUGCUAUCCUUGAUGAAGACUUUGAAAUUGGGCAAAUUUUACAUGAUAAUGUCAUUCUGAAAUCAAUCUAUUACUUUACAGGAGAAGUCAAGCGUAUCUAUUACAAUAAUAAAGAUUAUGGAAACAGGAAAUACCGAAAAUAA